AUGGUGGUGGAGAUUCAAAACAGACAAAGACCAGCUGUUGAUUUAUGUUAUCAAGGCCAUUCAUCACAGGGGCAAAUGAAACAAGUCCUUACCACUCAACAGAACUCUAACAAACAGGUUUCAAUCGCUAAUUGUUGGGACAAUGGCACUAGUUCUUGGGUUGUUACUUGGAAGAGACAACCAUGGUCUGAAUCAGAUUUGGCCCAAUGGGCCGACCUUCAACAGGCCCUGCAGAAUAUCCAUCCAACCGUGGGGCAUGACAACUGGAAAUGGAUCGGCAUCGAGGAAAACACGUUCACAGUUAAAGACUUCAAGAAGCAACUGGCGGAUAUCUCGGCAGCAACAAUGGGGCUUAAUAAUGGAGGCGGCAAUACAACAAUCGAAUCCUUAUGGAACUCUUGGAUCCCGAUGAAAGUUAAUUUCUUAAUAUGGAGGGCAGUCAACGAGAGGCUACUAAUAAAGACAGCUCUAAAACAUAGAGGUAUACCCAACAUCGAGGAGGGUUGCACCUGGUGUAAUAUCGGGCUAGACGAGCCACAACAUUUAUUCAUCAGAUGCCAAGUUGCUCGGUUUAUCUGCUCCAUUAUUGCGUUGUGGUGUAAAACUCCUCAACUCACUAUAGCACAAGAUUUAUUCGUAUGGAUAGAUAUGCUAAACAAUCUGGACGGGUCGAAAGAAAAACGGAAAACCAUUAAAUCAAUUGCUUUCACAACAAUUUGGGUGCUAUGGCUUAGGAGAAAUGAGGAGAUCUUCAAAGCUAAGGGUAUCCAAAUUCAGAGUUCAGUUGAAGACAUCAAAAUUUUGUCGUUCUUAUGGGUCUCAAACAGAUCUAAACUUAGAGGGUUAACAUGA